AUGGCUUCUACGGCAGCUUCCGUUGUUCAAACGGUAACUUCUAAAACCGAGGAGAAUAAUACAACCAAAGAAUCACUCAAGCCAAGUAAACCGACUGUUAGUCAAAUCUUCAAGACGUUAGAGUAUGGCCCUGCUCCAGAAUCGCCCGAUGUAGCCUACGCUUGGUUAGAUGAUCAUCACAGAUCUUUUGGUCAUUUUAUUGAUGGAAAAUGGCUUAAUCCCGAAGAUCGGAAACGUUACGAUUCACGAUGCCCUGCUACAGGAGAAAAGUUGGCAUCAACUGUGCAAGGUAACCAAGAAGAUGUUGAAGUAGCUGUUUCUGCUGCUCGAAAAGCGUUCGUGAAAUGGAGUGCUUUACCUGCACACGUCCGGGCGCGCCAUUUAUACUCGGUUGCAAGGCAUGUUCAAAAGCAUAUGAGAUUGUUCGCCGUUAUUGAGAGUCUCGAUAACGGUAAACCGAUCAGAGAGACUCGCGAUUGCGAUAUACCAAUCGUAAUUCGCCAUAUUUACCAUCAUGCUGGUUGGGCACAAUUAGCAGAUACCGAAAUGAGAGGAUGGAAACCUGUCGGCGUUGUUGGAGCUAUCACGCCAUGGAAUUUUCCUUUAAUGUUGUUGAUCUGGAAGGUUUGUCCGGCGCUAGCUAUGGGAAAUACUGUGGUUUUAAAACCUGCUACCUAUACUCGAUUAUCUGCCCUUUUAUUAGCUGAAGUAUGUGCUGAAGCCGGGCUACCACCAGGGGUAUUUAACGUAGUAACUGGUAAUGGUGCAUUUGGCCACAAUCUUGCAACCCAUCCAGAUGUAGAUAAAGUUGGCUUUACUGGUUCUACAGAAGUAGGGAGAAUUUUACGUCAAGCAACUGCUGGAAGUGGCAAGAAGAUAUCGUUAGAAUUAGGAGGAAAAUCCCCAUUCGUUGUUUUCGAUUCGGCAGACCUUGAUAGCGCUGUAGAAGGCGUUGUAGAUGCGAUAUACUUUAAUCAAGGCCAAGUUUGUAGUGCAGGAUCCAGAUUAAUUGUACAAGAGUCUUGUGCCGAACUUCUGAUAAAGAAGAUCAAGGAAAGAAUGACCCACUUACGUCUGGGUGAUUCAUUAGACAAGGCUAUCGAUAUGGGGGCCAUUGUGGAUCCAUCGCAGAGAAAAAGUGUUGACAUGAUGGUGCAAGAAGCCAAGGCGGAUGGAGCUCAUGUUUAUCAAGCCUGUGCAUGUAUGCCUUCAACCGGGUGCUAUUAUCCUCCUACUCUUAUAACCAAUGUACAAACAGUUUCAAAAAUUGUCCAAGAAGAAGUUUUUGGCCCUGUACUUGUUGUCCUUACCUUUAGAACUCCAAAGGAGGCUAUCGCAUUAUCAAACAAUACUGUAUUCGGCUUAGGCGCAAGUGUUUGGACGGAAAACUUGUCUUUAGCUUUAGAAGUAGCAUUAAGUAUCCGAGCUGGAAGCGUGUGGGUCAAUGGUCACAAUUUAUUUGAUGCCGCGGCUGGAUUUGGUGGUAUGCGUGAAAGUGGUUUUGGUAGAGAUGGAGGCAAAGAGGGUCUUUACGAAUAUUCCGUGCCAGCAUGGCUGACAAGGCCUCGUCCUGUGGCAUUAAAAGAUUUCGAUGCAAAAGCUUUUGGUAAAAAUGUUGCUCCAAGACCUCUAAAUCCUAGCAAUAGCGAAAGCCAUGUUUACAAUAACACAACCAAAUUGAAUGGGCAGGAUGUACCCAGCAUUGACCGAACUUGCAAAAUGUACAUCGGAGGUGCUCAAAAGCGACCUGAUGCUCCAUACGCUCGAGCAGUGGUAAACCCUGAUAACAAAACAAUUGGUCAAGUUGGCGAAGGAAGUCGUAAAGAUAUCCGUGAUGCUGUUGAAGCGGCUCAUAAGGCUUUCCCUGGAUGGGGAAAACGAGCUGCUCAUAAUCGUGCCCAAAUUGUAUACUUUGUUGCUGAAAAUCUGGAAUUGCGACGUGAAGAAGUUGCUUCACGCAUGUCAGAAAUGACGGGAAAGAGUUUAGAAGAUUCAAAGUUAGAAGUGGAUUUGUCCAUUCAACGAUUAUUCUACUGGGGAGCAUAUGCUGAUAAAUAUGGUGGAACUGUGCAGGAAACCAAUCUCUAUGGAGCAACUGUUAAGGUACAUGAACCCGUUGGUGUUAUUGGUAUUGCUUGUCCCGAUAAUUGGCCUCUUCUUGGAUUUGUAUCAUUAUUUGCACCGGCAGUUAUUCGCGGUAACACCAUAGUCAUAGUUCCAAGUGAAAAAUAUCCAUUGAGUGCAGUAGAUUUGUAUCAGGUUUUUGAUACAUCUGACUUGCCUGGUGGCGUUGUUAACAUUGUCACUGGCAGCCGAGAUCAUUUAACCAAGUACUUGGUAGAUCAUCAAGAUGUAGAAGCAUUUUGGUAUUUUGGAUCAAAUGAAGGAAGCAGAUAUGUCGAGCACGCUUCUGCUGUGAAUAUUAAACGUACUUGGGUAAAUUACGGCUUUGAGCGGGAUUGGGCAGACCCAGCACAAGGACAAGGAGAAGAAUUUUUAUAUCACGCUGUUGAAUGUAAAAAUAUUUGGAUGCCCAUGGGCGAAAUUUUUGCUAACUAG